UUUCUCCAAAUCCAAAGCCUCCAAAGAACUAAUUUAUCUAAGCCAUCAUCAUCAUGAGUUGCUGCUGUGCAGGUGAGGGUGAACCAACCUGUAUAUAUUGGAUAGGGCAAGCUGACACAGCAAGGCUGAAGGCUCGCUUUUGGCUGCAGUAUGGAAUCAUCAAUUGCAUUGUUUUUGGCAUAUGCAUCCUCUUUACCUGGCUGGUGUAUGCCUUCCCAGUAAUUGGGGCUAUUCUUGGCUACAUAGCAUUGAAAAAGUUUGAUGAUGGAAAUGAAGAAGGUUGUGAUUCCUAUACCAAGUAUUCAAUGAUAGUCAGCAUUGUUGGAACAGUCCUUUGCUCAAUUUUUGUUGUUUUAGCCACUAUUGGCAUUGCCUUGAACAAUGCCUGAUCCACGAUGUGUUUCAGUUAAAACUUGAUAGUUGAAACCAUUAUUUUUUACACCUGAUUUAAUUUGUUAUUUUUAGUACU